AUGAAACUCUCCUCCCUAUCAGCCCUCUGUCUCACGGGCCUCGUCACAACGGCCUCGGCGCAAGGCAGAGUUUGGGCAAAACCCUGCUACUCCUCGGACUCAUGCGAACAAUACGAAUACGUCGAUGGAGUCCUCUGGGAGAAGGGCGAGUGUGUGAGCUUCGCGCGAGGGAUGGCGUCGUAUGCGAUGUGGGGGUUCGGUGGUUGCCAGUUCUUUAACGAAGGGAGCUGCGCGGGUCGUUCCAAGACGGAUUAUGCGCCGAAUGUGUGGUAUAACUCUGAUAUCAGCUGGAUCUGGUCAUUCAGGUGUACUUAG